UUUAUGUUUACAUCAACCUUGUAUACACUCCGUUUUGCGAAUGUCGAUCGGUUCGCCGAGUUCUUUCAUGCAUUUCUCAUUAAUCAGUGGAGAUCUCAUGCAGAAUUUAUCGCACAGGUAGCCGUGAGACACAAAUGUCAAACAGAUAUAUAAUGAAGUGAGGUUCAUUUUCAUAUUACGUCUUGUGCAGUGUAAAUAAAUUCGUUCGCGCCAAUGGCAUUUUCAUUUCGUGUCGGUACCAAUUGGUGCCACGACUUCCCGAAACUGGCCAGGGAGUCGGGAUUUUACUUCAACAUGCACGGCUCUAGAGUACGAGUGGAUUGGAAUCGCAUAAGUGCCAUAGACAUAGACAGAGUGAUACGCGAGAGAGAUUUCUCGACCAUCGAUGAGAACAUCAACAACACUAGCGCAACUGUCAGUGGAGUAUUUAUUAUAUUGCAAACAGUACUUAGAUCACAGUGUAAUAAUAUUGAAGGAUGAGUUAAGGCUGAAAAUUGAGCAAAAUGUUGCCAUGAAGAAGGAAAUUACUAGCUUAGAGGAGACGAUAAGGAGUAUGAAGGAGAAAUUGAAAGAAAAGUCUAAAUUUAUUGAAACCAGAGUUGGUGAUUCUACUGGAGAGAUUUACAAAUGCCCGCAUUGUCCGAAAACUUUUGUAUCUGCUCUGUUUGUAAAUGCUCAUGUAGCACGUCGACACUCGUACAUAUCAGACAUGCGUAUGUCUACAUCUCCUGUGCACGAACAUUAUCGAGCAGAAACUGAAAAAUUGCACAAUGAGAUAAAGACUUUGAAAGAGAGACUCAAUCAGACCGAGAGAGUGAUAAUGAACGAAUCUGAUAAAUUGCUGGACAAUACGGAGAGAAACUAUGUCAGGAAUAUGAGCAAAAAUGAAUCGAAUGUCGUCACAACUGACAAAGCAGAGCAAAGAAGGUAUCAAGAGGAUAUCAGCAGCUUGAAGAACAUGCUGUUUAAUGAGAUACGUGCAUUAAGAGAGAAAGAGCAGAAUGUGAAUGAGAGUAUCUUGGAAGCAAACGUGAAAACUUUAAUUGGGCAACAAGAAAGGGAAAUUGAAAGUCUGAGAAAUCAGCUUCUCGAAAGAUUGACUCCGGGCAUGGAAAGUAUGCAGGCGAAAUUACAAACGCAAGAAAAUUAUUGGAAGGCCAAGCUGGAAGACAUGGAGGCACAACAUCACAGAGACAUUGAAAGAUUGACCACGGAACUGAAAGUGACUCAACAAGUGGCCGACCGUACGAAGUCCGAGUAUACGUCCAAGGUGCACGAUUUGGAGAAACUAUCGAUGGAUCAGUCGAACAUAUUAGUAGAACAAGGAAAGCAAUUGGAUAACUUAUCACGCGAGAUCAGUAAUUCGCAGAUACAAAACAAUAAUCACAAAACGGGGGAAAAGAUUGAUGCGGUGGAAAAAUUUCACGAGUCGCCUUUAUUGAAAAUGAAACGCGACAGCGUGAAUAGUUACACCGACAAUGACGAGUCUUAUCGUAAGAACUUGAGCAGCACCAGAAAUGGCGAGAUGAUUAUCGAAGAUAUCGGCAGCGAAUCUAGUCGAGAAUACAGCGACAGAUACACAUCUAAUAGGAUGGAUAUCGUGAAAAACAGAGACAGCAGAAGGAUGAUCACCGAUCUCGGCAGAACCGCGGAACACGCAGCCGCCAAGCCAGAUCCGAAAUUUUCGCAAAGAUCAGAGAUCGUCAGAGAGAGAAGAACGAAAGACAAAGCAAAGCAUGACACAUCCAAAGACAUAGAUAAAACGUUAAACCGUUCGAACAGAAGUUUUAGCAUUAAAGAUUUGGAGGACUCUCCUGUAAACGUAACAAAGACAUAUAACACAGAAAGAAAAAGAUUAUUCCAUACGGAUGAGACGAAAAACAACAAGAGAUUCGAACUCUCGGAGAAGCGUAGUGUAAGUUCCAUGACGGAGUCCGAGUCUUCGUUGUCUACGUCGGAAUCAGAAUCAGAGUCCGACAGCGAGAGCGUUACAACAAACGAUGACAUUACGGUAAAGCAAUACGAAAUAAAGUCCGCGGUGAAAUCCCCCGACGCGAGAAGAGAAUCGAUACAGGAGGAUGCGCGCAGCAUGUUCGACAAUCGACUGAGAGAUCUAGGAAUUGAUCCGGAAUGGCAAGGUAUACCCGCGGCAACGUUUAAGCAAAAGAUGGACAUUGUGAGACAUCAAGAGAGUAUUGACGCGAAGAAAUUGGCGCAGUACCAUCGAAUAAAACAGAAACUACUCAAGAAUCUCCUGCAAAGGAUAUCCGCGAGUCGUGAGAAAUCGGAGCAAAUUGCGAACACGAAGAAGUCUCCUUUGCACAAGCUAGUCACUCACGUCAGAUCGAAAGCCGUGAAAGCACCUGGCAGUCAUAUAGACAGCGAUGAAUAUGUAGCUGUUCAGAAAACCGGAAACACGACGCCGUCGAAAUUACGCCUGAAGCAGAAGAUCGAGCUGCUCCCUCGAAAAUAUAAAGACGAGGAGACAUUCGAGGAUACGCGUCGAUCUUCGCUGAUAAGAAACAGGCCGGAUGUUUACACUAGUCCGAAAGUAUUAUCGGCGCAGCCGAGAUUAAUUACUGAUAAGAAUGCGAAUCGGAAUAUCUCUUCCGCAAGUUCCGCUGAAAGCUCGCCGAAGACUGUCAAACAGAUCUCGUCCACAAGGAUAACGGUGCAGGAUAGUAGCGCGCGUAAAGCAGACUCUCCAAUCGGCAGGAAGCAGCUGAUAGCAUCGAAGCUUCCUGAAAACAAUGACUCGGACAGCACGGUCGCGCAGCGAGAAGAUUCGAUCGUAUCACCGAAGAAUAAUAAAAGCGUCCUGAAACCAACCACUAGUGGUUCGGUCGGCAAUUUGAUCAAGAAGAAAGUCAUCUUCGACUUAGAAGAUAGAAAAAAUGAAGCGAUAGCACCGGAAAACGACCCGAAUGCAAGGAGCCAAGUGAAUAACAGCGACUGGAACAUCUCAAGUUCUCUCGAGACGAGAGACUAUCCAUUGCAGAAAGAGAAGUCCAUGAGCACAGGUAAUAUCCUUCUAAAAACCUCGCAAAGUGACAAAAUCGCGGAGAUCUCGAAGAAGAUACAGGAACAGUUGAACAUAGUGAGGAAGCCUCCUGUGGGAUCGGUUGAAACGAUCUUCCGGGCGAACAUGAAUUUGCAGGAUCUGGCGGGUUACAGCGCGGGGAAUAGGUUGUUAAAUGCAACUAGUCUUCCGGACACGAUUUCGGAGAGCCCCAUACGGAGCUUUGCGAGUCCCAAAGCAAAAAGUAGCAUGCUAUUUCCGCAACCUGCUCCGCGAACUUUGAAGGAUAAAGAUCUCACUGUAGCUGAACGUGAGAAUCAGUUGUCUCCGUUGAAGUACUCCGAUUUAGAUUCGGAUAUUGAUGAGAUAUUGCAGAUGGAUUGAGAAAAUUGUAUGAUAUUAGUCAUACAUGAAAUCACCAUUUGUUUUAAUUGUAUAUUCUGCAUUUUGUUUCAUCCUUUCUCUCAAGACUCAAAUGCAUAUAUAAAUGUAAGUGCAGCAGUUUUAAAAGAAAGUGCAAUCGAAUCAAAUGAUUCGUUAUACUUCCUGUUUCUGGUUGCUUUUCCUGUACUACAAUUAUUUUACUUUUCUUCUUUCUUCAAAGUAGUGUCAAACAUAUACCUGAUAAUUUUAUUCAAAGUACAUAAUCAUUUUGUUCUUUUCCCUUUUUUGCUUGAGACCCGAAUGUAUAUAUAAUUAUAAGUGCAGAAAGUGUAAGAGAGAGAGUGAGGUGCAAUCGAAUCGAAUGAACUAUCUUGUCAUCUUAGCUUCUCUUCCUGUACUCACAAUGUUUUACUUCCUUUCUUUCUUUCAAGAAGUGUCAAACAUUAUAUCUAAUCUAAUUUUGUUUAAAGUAUACAAAAUGUAACAUAACGUAGUUAAUGAAAACGAACAUUAUUAGAGUUAGAAUAGAGACUAUUUUGAUCCACGUAGUUGGAUCAUCGUUGCGCCGCUCCGGUGCGUUCAUUUUAGAUGCUUAUAUGCUGAAAGUAUCACUUUGUCUUACCUUGGCAUGUAAUGUGCAUAAAGAUAAAAUGAUGCUAUCAGCACGAAGGCAUCCAAAGCGAACGCAAAUACUAUAGUAUAGAGAGAUGGAGGCAGAAAAAUUAUGUUGCGUAUGUACUAUAAUUUUUACAUUACGUGACUAUACAGUGAUAUGUAUGUAUAAAUAAACACACAGUAAACAUUUGUAA